CACAUGGGCACGCACACACACACACACACACACACACACACACACUCAUACUGGCUCGCACCCCCGCGCACACAAAUACUGGACCGCGUCCACAGACUUGGGCACGCACACACACACACACACAUAUGCACACAUCCACACAGAGGCACAAAGACACACACACACACACACACACACACACACACACACACACAUGGGAAUGCAUCCACACAUACAGGCACGCAGACACGCACAGAGACACAUCGGCACGCACACACGAAUGCAGGCAUACAGAAAGACACACACACAUGGGCUCGGGCCGGUAUACACUGGCACACAGGCACACACACACACACAUGGGCACGCAUCCAGGCACACAGACACACAGGCACACACACACACACACACACACACACACACACACACACACACACACACACACACACACACACACACACACACACACACACACACACAAUUCCUGCCCAGUCUCAGCUGUUUGUCUCAGGGUAGAUUCAGUAGCUCGUGAAAUAAUAACACAGAGAGUGAGUUGAGAAAUGAAGGAGGAUGUCACAGUGAUGCCUGGCGGGCCAUGAGCACAUGAAAGGACGGUCGCACAGGGAUGGAUAGCAGGACCUGGGUGAGGCCGGCGGGCCGCUGCUGGUGCCAUGGCUGGGACUCUAACACCGCACCAUGGCAGUGGAGAGAGGCAGUGUCCAGGCGGAGCAACCGGAGACCGACUGCCCGCGGUCAUCCAUGCCGGAUGAGCUGCAGCAUCCCUACCUGAAGUUCUCCCACUGGAAGUUCAAACUGUUCAGGGUGAGGUCCACCGACGAGGACACCAUGGCCAGCAAGACGGCCCCGCCGGAGGUCCUACCCGCCCCCGCCGCUGCCAUUGACCCCUGGUCGGGGGAGGAGGGUCACCUGGGUCUCCCUGGGAGUGUGAUGAAACUGUGUCUGGGGGGGAAGAGCAAGGAGAACGUGGAAGGGCCGGGCCACAGGGUAGAUCGUAAGCUGCAGGAGAUGGACCUGCACAUGGAGAAACUCAGGUGUCUUUGCCGACUGUGUGGCUCCGCUCUGCGGAAGGUGAAGGGGCCAGAGCGCGCGGUCCAGGGGGGUCUGGGGGAAUCGUGCCGGCACGCCCUGAGCAGGAUGGGCUGCAAGUUCACCACCUGGCCGGACGUCAUCCGCAAGGUCUUCAAGGUGGACGUGACGGGGGACCUCGAGAGCGUCCACCCCCCGUCGUUCUGCCAGCGCUGCUGGAUGACCGUGAUGCGCGGGGGGGGGUUCUGUAGCUUCACCCCGCUCCGGGUCCCCGAGUGGACCCCCCACUCGGCCCUGUGCUCCCUCUGCCACGCCCGGAAGACCUCGUCCUUCCAACGACUCGGCCGGAAGAGGAAGAAGAAGAGGGGGCCCUCCAGAGGCAAGACCCUGGCGAAGAGGUGCAAGUGGGACCCGUCUGACGGCACGUCCAGCAGCGAUCGGAGACCUCUCAGACCCGUGUCCCAGCACCGCCACCACCACCCAGGCCCCGGCCUCCAGCCCCAGGCCAGCACCCGAAGGCCGAGGGAACACCGGGUCAAAGGGUUCACCCACUGCCAGAGAGAUCACCUGGGCACCCGGCUCCUCUCGGAGCAGCUGCCCGUGGACCUGGUCCGCUCCGUCACCUGCCAGGUGUGUCACCACCUGCUCUCCGAGCCGGUCCAGGCCCCGUGCCGGCACGUCUUCUGCCACGGCUGCAUCGUCCGGUACUGCCGCGCCCUGGGCCCCUACUGCCCGGCCUGCAGCCAGCCCUGCUCCGCCUUGGACCUCACGGCACCGGCGAACGUCUUCCUGGCGUUGCUGAACUCCCUGCCGCUCCGCUGCCCCACCAGGACCUGCGGGGAGCAGGUGAGGCUGGACGGUUUCCGGGCCCACUGCGAGGCCCAUCAGCGGGAGGACGAGGGCGGGCGGGGGACGCCGCCGCCGGCCUGCGACGACCUGACCCCCAACAAAGGAGGGCGACCCCGGCAGCAUCUGCUGUCCCUGACCCGCCGGGCCCAGAAGCACCGACUGCGGGGGUUGAGGAGCGAGGUGAACCAGUUUGCGGAGAAGGAGGAAGGUGGCGACGUGAAGGCUGUGUGCCUCACCUUGUUCCUCCUGGCGCUGAGGUCGGACAACGAGCACCGCAAGGCGGACGAACUGGAGGCCAUAAUGCAAGCCAGAUGCUUCGGGCUGCACGCCGCCGUGUGCCUGGCCAUCCGUGUCAACACCUUCCUGAGCUGCAGCCAGUACCACAAGAUGUACCGCACCGUCAAGGCCACCAGCGGCCGGCAGAUCUUCCAGCCGCUGCACGCCCUCCGGGCCGCCGAAAAGGAGCUCCUCCCGGGGUUCCACGCCUCCGAGUGGCAGCCGGCGCUGGCGAGCGUCUCGCCGUCCUGCCACGUGGGCAUCAUCGACGGGCUCUCGGGCUGGGCGGCCUCGGUGGACGACGCCCCCGCCGACACCAUCACCCGCCGCUUCCGCUACGACGUGGCGCUGGUGUCGGCGCUCAAGGACCUGGAGGAGGACAUCAUGGACGGGCUGAGGCAGCAAGGGCUGGAGGACGGCGCCUGCACCGAGGGCUUCUCCGUCAUGAUCAAGGAGUCCUGCGACGGCAUGGGGGACGUGAGCGAGAAGCACGGCGGGGGGCCGGCUGUCCCGGAGAAGGCGGUGCGUUUCUCCUUCACCGUGAUGUCCGUCUCCUUGCGCGUGGCCGACGACGGAGAGGAAGCGGGGAACGCUGAGGAGGUGAUCAUCUUUCAGGAGCCGAAGCCCAACUCGGAGCUGUCCUGUAAGCCACUGUGCCUCAUGUUCGUGGACGAGUCGGAUCACGAGACGCUGACCGCCGUCCUGGGGCCCGUGUCGGCCGAGCGCAGCGCCAUAAAGCGCAGCCGCCUCAUCCUCUCCAUCGGCGGGCUUUCUCGGCUCUUCAGCUUCCGCUUCCGGGGAUCGGGCUACGACGAGAAGAUGGUGCGGGACGUGGAGGGCAUGGAGGCCUCCGGCUCCACCUACGUCUGCACGCUCUGCGACUCCACCCGGGCCGAUGCCGCCCGCAACAUGGUGCUCCACUCCGUCACCCGCAGCCACCAGGAGAACCUGGAGCGCUACGAGACCUGGAGGACCAACCCCUUCUCGGAGUCCGCCGACGAGCUUAGGGACCGGGUGAAGGGGAUCUCCGCCAAGCCCUUCCUGGAGACCCACCCCACGCUGGACGCGCUGCACUGCGACAUCGGCAACGCCACCGAGUUCUACAAGAUCUUCCAGGACGAGAUCGGCGAGGUGUUCCAGAAGACCAACCCCAGCCGGGAGGAGCGGCGGAGCUGGAGGGCGGCUCUGGACAAGCAGCUGAGGAAGACCAUGAAGCUCAAGCCGGUGAUGAGGAUGAACGGCAACUACGCCCGCAAGCUGAUGAGCGUGGAGGCGGUGGAGGCGGUGUGCGCGCUGGUGCCGUCGGAGAGCCGGCGCCAGGCCCUGAGGCAGCUGAUGGAGAUCUACCUGGAGAUGAAGCCGGUGUGGCGCGCCACCAGCCCAGCCACGGAGUGCCCCGACCAGCUGUGUCGCUACAGCUUCAACUCCCAGCGCUUCGCGGACCUCCUGGCCUCCACGUUCAGCUACAGGUACAACGGGAAGAUCACCAACUACCUGCACAAGACCCUGGCCCACGUGCCGGAGAUCAUAGAGAGGGACGGCUCCAUCGGGGCCUGGGCGAGCGAGGGGAACGAGUCGGCCAACAAACUGUUUCGGCGUUUUCGUAAGAUGAACGCCCGCCAGUCUAAGGUCUUUGAGCUGGAGGAUGUUCUGAAACAUCACUGGCUCUACACUUCUAAAUACUUGCAGAAGUAUAUGGAGGCUCACAAAGACUCCGCCAAGGUUUUGAACGCCUGCUUUGAACCGGCUGUGGCUGAGGGCGAUGUGGAUAUGUGUCUGGAUGCUCCAGGUUUUUAACACAGCCAAUUAUACUCAGCCCACUCAACACGGUGUGUGUAUUUUCCUCAAUCUAUUUUUUAUCAAUUAUCUUUCAUUAAAAAGAAUACACAACGUUUUAUACUAUAUUUUGGAUGUGUAGCAGUUGUGUAUUUUAUAUGGGUCGAUUUAUUAUUGUGUGCAUUUAUCUGCAUUACUAUCUACAUACCAUUUCAAUAUACACUUUAAAUGAUGUGCAACACAUCACCGAGGUCCACAGAGUGCAGAUAUAAGAGACUGGGGGCUCUUUGGUGUUUCCCGCUGAAAGGUUUUUUCUCUCUCCAUCCUCGGAUGAAAUAUGGAGCAGUUUAUUGUAUUGCACGGCUAUGGCACAU